AUGAACGGCUCCAGCUCCCCGGCCUGGCCGCUCGCCAUGGACACUAUGAAAACCACCUACAUCGCGCUGGAGCUCAUCAUCGCCGUGCUCUCGAUCGCCGGCAACGUGCUGGUGUGCUGGGCCGUGGCCAUCAACAGCACCUUGAAGAACGCCACCAACUAUUUCCUGGUGUCCCUGGCCGUGGCCGACAUCGCCGUGGGUCUGCUCGCCAUCCCUUUUGCCAUCACCAUCAGCAUCGGCUUCCAGGCGGAUUUCCACAGCUGCCUCUUCUUCGCCUGCUUCGUGCUGGUGCUGACCCAAAGCUCCAUUUUCAGCUUGCUGGCAGUGGCCAUCGACAGGUACCUGGCUAUUAAGAUCCCCCUGAGGUAUAAUAGUCUGGUAACCGGGAAGCGGGCAAGAGGCCUCAUCGCUGUGCUGUGGGUCCUGUCCUUUGCAAUUGGACUGACUCCGCUUAUGGGCUGGAAUAAAGCCAUGAGUGGGUGUCCCAACGCCACCAACGAGACAGGGGCUGCCCCUGGGAAGGACCACCAUGGCUGCUUCAUCUCAUGCCUCUUUGAGAACGUGGUGACUAUGAGCUACAUGGUGUACUUCAACUUCUUUGGUUGUGUGCUGCUGCCACUCGUGAUCAUGCUUGGAAUCUACAUCAAGAUAUUCAUGGUCGCCUGCAAACAGCUGCAUCAGAUCGAACUGAUGGGCAACUCCAGGACCACACUACAGAAGGAGGUUCAUGCAGCCAAGUCUCUGGCCAUCAUCGUAGGACUUUUUGCUUUUUGUUGGCUGCCCCUGCAUAUCUUGAACUGCAUCUCUCUCUUCCAUGAGGACUUCUCCAGAUCCAAGCCUGAGUGGGUGAUGUACAUGGCCAUCAUCCUCUCCCACGCCAACUCUGUCAUCAAUCCCAUCAUCUACGCCUACAGGAUCAGGGACUUCCGCUACACAUUCCAUAAGAUCCUCUCCAAGAUCCUCUGUAAGGCAGAUGACCUCCCCAAGUGCUCCACUGACAACAACCAGCACCUGACUGUCUGCAGUACUAACUCUCCAGCAGCCUCUGUGACCAUAUGACCGUGCAUGUCCUGCUCCUGGGAUCUUGCAUUUGUCCCUGACACUACCCUUCCUUGUGCCUAUGUGAACCGCUGACUCCCAGAGGAGCGCUCAGAGAUGACCACUAUGCAGUUAUGCAGCUGUAUUUUUUAUUUUUUUAUUAACAUAGUGCCUCCUAGAGGAAUAACCUGACCGGGGAGACUGCGUGCAGCUCCCCUUCUACUGUAACCCAGGUUCCAUGAGUGCUGUUGAUCUUAUUGUAUUUCAUUUCCAGGUCAAACAUUGACUAUGGAAGACCCACCUGCUGGGGGGUGUUUCCCCAAUUGUGCUGCUCAUGUCAAGUCCUAGGAUCUUUAUUUUUAUUAUGAUUAUUUUUUUAUUCUUUUAAUUCACUUAGUAAUAAUUUUGUGUCUGUUUUUGAGUUGUUCUUUAAGUCCAUACUUGACAGCACUUUGGUAAUACCCUAAUUAUUCCAUCAAUUGUUUGAUGCAGCUAGUAUUCUCUGAUGGGAAAAAGUCUUACUUUGACCAAUUGCUGGUGUGAAACUGAAUCUGUGUUUCCAGGCUUGGAGGGAACUGAUCGUGCUAAUGGGAAAACAAGUUCAUUAACUGGCCAUGUAUUUUUGCCCCAGUACAGAAGCCC